AUGGAAGAGUCUUCGAAUAAAAGGCCUGCGAUUGACGAUCACCUUGCGCGUCUAGGCAAUCAAGAUGAACAUGAGCUUGGAAAACUCGAGUCUCUUCGCCGUUACCCUAAAGCUUGCGCAUGGUUCAUCUUUGCCGUGUGGUAUGUCCUGCUUGUGAGUUUUGAGAACCAAGCGUCUGGCAACGUUCUUGGAAUUCCGCGUUUCCGAGAGGACUUUGGUUAUCUUCAGGAUGAUGGCACGUUUGUCUUGCAUGUGAACUGGCAAUCCGCGUUUAGUGGUGCGCCAAUGGCUUCAGCCAUUAUCGGUUGCCUCGGUGGCGGGUACCUUGCUGAUAAGUUUGGUCGAAAAGUUAUGUUCCACGCCGCGCUCGUCGUCAGCUAUGCCGCCAUCACAAUGGAGUUUGUAGCUAUUACAAACGAGAUCUUCUUUGGGGGCAAAUUCCUGAACGGGUUUGCCACCGGCUGCAUCGCUACGGUUUGCGUCAGCUACAUCGGAGAGGUUGCUCCCCUAGCAUUCCGAGGUAUCGCUACUUGCCUGGUCGGUUUCUCGUACACUCUAGGACCUCUCAUCUCAGCUCUGAUCGUUAAAUACACCGGAACAUACGAAGACCGAUGGGCUUAUCGAGCUGUCUUCUGCGCCCAAUACGGAUUCGCCGCCAUCGCUACACCCUUCAUGUUCUUCAUGCCCGAAUCGCCCUGGUGGCUCAUGACGCAGAACCGCGAGGAGGCCGCUCUGAAGAGUCUUGAGAAGCUGGGAUACACUGGCGAGAAUGGCUUCAAGCGACUCUCCCUCAUCAAGAACACCCUGGAGAAGGUCCGAGCCCAAACCGAAGGUGUAACAUAUAUCGAGUGUUUCCGUGCUACUAAUCUGCGACGCACCUUGAUCAGCAUUGCGCCCAAGUGCAUGCAGGCCUUCUCUGGAAUCACUUUUGCUUCGAGCUACGCCACGUACUACAUGCAACUUGCUGGCUUCAGUGCCCAGAAGAGCUUCACUCUUCACAUUGUGCAGCAAGUCGUCUCCAUGUUCGGAAGUGUCUUGUCGUGGUAUUGCGUUGAUCGUGUCGGUCGACGAAACUUGACCUUCUAUGGCCUCCUUUCUCUUACUUGCAUAUUGUUUGCUAUGGGAGGCUGCGCAACUGCUGACACCAACACGCGUGCAGUUGAGGCGACAGUGGAAUUUAUCAUCCUCUACUGCUGGGUGUACAAUCUGUCAAUCGGCGCAGUCGCGUUCACUGUCCUGGCCGAGGUCUCCACCUCGCGUCUUCGCGCCAAGACAGUUGGAAUUGGUUUGGCUGUUGUCAACGGCCUCAACAUGAUGUGGAGUUUGGUCCUUCCAUAUCUCUUCAACCCUGAUAAGGCGAGUCUCCAGGCCAAGGUUGCGUUUAUCUUUGGAGGCUGCAGUGUCCUCUGCCUGAUAUAUCUGUGGUUUGAGCUUCCAGAGACUGCUGGGCGUACCUUCGAGGAGCUUGACGAGAUGUUCAUGAAGAAAGUCCCUGCUCGUAAAUUCAAGAACUAUCGCCCGGAGGCCCAGGUGCAGGGCGAGAAAGCAGCUGAGGAGCUGUAG